UCUUCUGUCUUCGUGCGACCACGACGAUUCACGACGCCGCGUCGAAAUGCGAAAUACAACGUUUCAACAACAUGUCGCACGCUGUACAUUAAUAUCAGAGGCUCAACAUGCGCGCCCUUGUGAAAUUCACUAUCAGGAACAGAUUCUACUUCCCAGGGUGUUUUCGUGAGGACCACGAGCAACGGACCCGUGGACACGCGCGGGCAAUGUUAUGGCUACGCCUGUGAGGCAGGCAUUCACAUGGUCAUGACAGCGUCUUCAAUUCUUUGACACUCAUUAUCACCAAAGCAAGGGGACCAUGUCCUGCGAGACUAACCUCCGCUACAUAUUCCGACACCAUCGAUGAUACCGCGGCGCCUGCUGCGCAACGUUCGGUGUGUCCAAGGGUUAAGCUCAAGCGCCAUUAUUUCUCUCAUCACGGGCCAUGAUCGGGCGGGACACUUUGGAUAUGGCAGUGACUCGUGCAUCUUGUGCCGACGCCGCACUGUGCUUUCGGGCUAUGACGGCGUGUCAAGUGGACAUCCUGUACGGCCUAUAUGCGACAACGCCACGAUGUAGCAGCUGUGUCUCCACGUUUCCACCUUCCUGUCGUCUCUCUCAUGGGAUAACGUUACCCUUCUAGGAGGCCGAUCUUACUGAAAUGGACCUCUCGCACGGACCCUGCUUCGGCUGAAAGCAGCCAAUCAUUACCGGGCUGAACGCGCAUUGGCUCCAUUCCUUUCAUAUCCGGAUCAUCGCAGGACUGUGGGGUCGCGGUCUGCCAUCUCUGUCGCAUCCUGACGUGCGGCCGCCAAUAAUCCGGAGCACCAUCAGGCACAUCCCGCCGGUUUAUAUUCCUUCAACGUACUCUGGGCCCGUCUCAGCCUUCCGCCACCCAUCUCGAGAUGCCGCCGCCACCAAAGGUUCAGCCCCCACAUAGGCUUGAGCUUAGCACCAACAGCCUUCGCAACACCGCGAUCGCUUCUGCUGACGACUCCAUCCACUACGAGAUUGUUACCCGAUUUUGGCACCCGCACAUAACGAAGAUCAACAGAUGCGACUUCGAAAAUCUGGUGGUUGACACUGUUGCAGAGAUCGAGCGCAACCCUGGCCAGGAGCCCCGCGUCCGCUUCGACGGCGACAAGGGCGAGUGGGUGCCGGCAUCACAGUUCCUGAACUUUUCGGAAGACAGGAUCGGGGGAACAUUCACCGGUCCCUCGGACAUCCGGUAUCAAUGGAGAACACACAAAGGUCACUUGCAGCUCGUGAAGGAUGCUGAUGGGAAGCAGGAGCCCGUCGUAGAUUUCCACCCACACAAGCGUCACUUUUUUGCGUUCCGCAUGUCGAAGCACGCCUGGCUCGAAGUCAAGCCUCAGCCAGAAGUGACAGAAGUUAUGGAGAGACUCAUAGUGAGCUACCUCCUGGUUGAGCGACGCCGCAGGGAUGCCCACCUUCGCGUGAAGAUUGAGAGGGGGUAGCGAUACUGACGGCAAUUUCGGUCAAUGUCAAUACUCUUGUUGACUCGAACGCUCUCUGUUGCGCUCUCCAGAGUCCCUUUGUAUACAUACCCUGUCAUUUAAUAACCCCCCGUCACAUAGCCCGUUGGAAACUUUGUUAUUUGUGACAUAAAUAGGCAUAUAGAUCAU